AUAUAUAUAUAUAUAUAAAGACUCAACCUUUUGUCUAGUCCCAUAACAAUCCUAUGUUUCUGCUGCUGUCUUAAACCAAAAUAUUCAUCACACUUCAAAAUUCUUCCACUUUUUUUUUUUUUUUGUGUGUGUGUGUGUGUGUUUUUUUUAAAUGGCAAAUCUUCACUUUUGCCAUCUGAUGCUUCUCUUUUCAAUACUUACAUCCAUAUUCCAUCCGAUUCUCGGAGAAAUAGAUUCCUCGGAUUCGUACUUUCUCAUGCGAAUAAAAUCCGAAUUCAUCGAUCCAUUCGGCAUUCUCGACAGCUGGCUACAAGAUUCCAGCAUCUGUACAUGGAAUGGAAUCACAUGCACAGAUGACAGACACUACAUUCUAACCUUAAACCUAUCGAACUCCGGUCUGAGUGGAACCCUCUCCCCGGAUUUCUCGAACCUCGAAUUUCUCGAAACGAUCGACUUAUCUCAAAACCAACUCACCGGUCCGAUCCCACCCGAUUUUGCAAACCUUAGAAACCUCAAAAAGCUUCUCCUUUUCUCGAAUUCUCUUACGGGCGCGAUCCCUUCGCAGAUUGGCCUCUUGAAGAAUCUACAAGUACUAAGAAUCGGAGAUAACUUUCUCACCGGAGAAGUUGUGAAGAGCAUCGGAAACUUAACCGAGCUACAAGUUUUGGGGAUUUCUUAUUGCCAGUUCAAUGGGAGCAUACCGAAGGAGAUUGGAGAAUUGAAGAAGCUGAGAUUUUUCGACAUGCAGAGCAAUAUGAUUGGUGGGGUUUUGCCUCGAGAAAUUGGCGAUUUGAAAGAGCUUCAAAUGUUUGCAGCGUCGAACAACGAGAUCGAAGGGGAUAUUCCUCGUUCGGUUGGCGGUCUUGAAUCUCUCCAAAUCUUGAAUUUGGCCAACAAUACCUUCACCGGCUCGAUACCUAAGGAGUUGAGGUAUUUAUCCAAUUUGAAGUACUUGAAUUUGCAAGGUAACGAAUUAAGUAGCGAAAUCCCGUCUGAGAUAAACGAUUUGAUUCGUUUGGAGACGUUGGAUUUGUCGAGAAACAAUCUCGCGGGGCCCGUAAACAUUCUCACCACAAGCCUCAAGAAUCUUGAAGUUUUAGCCCUGUCGGAGAAUCUUCUGACAGGUGGCAUCCCGGAGAAUUUCUGCAUGAGAUCGAAUACCUCGAAUCUCCGGCGACUUUUUCUGUCGGAUAACAAACUCUCCGGCGAUUUUCCGGUGGAGAUACUGAACUGCACAUUCCUCCAACAACUAGACCUCUCCGGCAACAAAAUUGGGGGGUUUCUGCCCCCCGAAAUCGAUAGGCUACAAAGCUUAACCGAUCUCUUGCUCAACAACAACAGCUUUGGUGGAAAUCUACCGCCACAAAUCGGAAACUUGACCGACUUGGAGAGCCUUUUCCUCUUCGGAAACAUGAUCGAAGGUGGGAUUCCUUUAGAAAUCGGAAAAUUGCAGAGGCUGAAAAUUUUGUACUUAUACGACAAUCAAAUGUCGAAAGAAAUUCCAUGGGAGCUAACGAAUUGCACGAGCUUAUCCGAAAUCGAUUUCUUCGGAAACCAUUUUUCGGGUUUUAUUCCACCGACUAUUGGAAAGCUCAAGAAUCUUGAGAUUCUUCAAUUGAGGCAGAACGAAUUGACGGGCCCUAUUCCUUCGAGCUUAGGCUACUGCAGAAAGCUGCAACGGCUCGUUUUAGCUGAUAACAAGCUCGAGGGGCCGUUGCCCCCCACUCUUUCGUUCCUCAACGAGCUUUUUCUCGUCACUCUAUACAACAAUUCGUUAUCGGGCCCACUCCCACAGUCCCUAUUCAAUCUCAAAAACCUCUCCAUUGUUAACUUUUCGCACAAUCGGUUUAGUGGAUCCGUUCAUCCGUUAACGGGUUCGGAUUCUCUAAUCGUUUUGGACUUGACCAACAAUAGUUUUUCGGAGAAUAUUCCUUACGGAAUCUUCUCGUCUAGAAACCUCACUCGCCUUCGCCUCGCGCGUAAUUUUCUCACGGGUGUUGUGCCUUCCGAGCUUAGCCAGCUCAGCGAGCUCCGAUUUCUCGAUUUGUCGUUUAAUAAUUUAACGGGGGAGUUGGAGAAAAUCGAGCUUUCGGGAUUGACGAAGCUCACUCAUCUCAUGCUUAGCAAUAACCGAUUUUCGGGGCGAAUUCCCACCUCAUUAGGGAGAUUGCAAGAGCUAGGUGAAUUAGAUCUUUCGUUCAAUGAAUUCAACGGAAGUGUUCCAUCGGAACUCGGUAACUGUUCGAGAAUGCUGAAGCUUUCCCUCAAGAGCAAUCGAUUAUCCGGCUCGAUCCCACCGGAGAUCGGAAAUCUCGGUUUCUUGAACGUGUUAAUCCUGCAAAGAAACAAUCUAUCCGGCGCAAUCCCGCCCACAAUCCAGAAUUGCAAGAAGCUGUACGAGCUCCGGCUAUCGGAAAACAGCCUUACCGGAAAAAUACCGCCGGAGAUCGGCGCACUUGGGGAUUUACAAGUGAUUCUCGACCUGAGUUUCAAUCGCCUCUCCGGCGAAAUCCCACCGUCGAUCGGAGAUUUAAUGAAGCUAGAAAGAUUGAAUCUUUCUCACAAUCAACUCGCCGGAAAAAUUCCUGUAUCGCUGGGGGAAUUAUCGAGUUUGCACCGGAUUAAUAUAUCGGGGAAUCUUCUACAGGGGCAAAUACCCACUAGUUUUUCAGGGUUUCCGGCCAGUUCUUUCUCGGAGAACGGCGGCGGUGGGUUGUGCGGGGCGCCGCUGGAAUCUUGCUCGGAAUAUUCCGGCGGGAGGAAGGUGUGGAUGUCGGAAUCUGAGGUGGCGGGGGUUAUAGUGGCGAUUGUGUUCACGUCGACGCUGAUUUGCUUGUUCAUGGUGUAUCUGAUGGUGAGGAUGUGGUGGAACUGGAGGAAGGUGGCGGUUUCUUGCUCCGACAACAAUGGCGGCGGAUUUCAUGAGCAGAAGAAGGAGGAGGAGGAGUGGGUUUAUGGAGAGGAGGUGGUGGUGGAGAAGAGUAGUGACCAUCGCUUUUGGAAUUCGAAUUCCAUGGCGGCGGCGGCGGUGGCGGCGCCGCCGCAAGACCGUGACAAGUGGAUUUCUAUUUUUCAGUUCAAGUAUUUCAGCUCAGCUGCCACUAAGAUUAAUAAUCCAAUUGUUUGAUUUAAUAAUAAUAAAAAAAAAAAAAACAUUAAUGAAUUUUUGUGUCUUUGAAAAUAUGUAAAUAAUCACGAUGUAAACGAGUCGAUUUCGAGUUGAGUUUUAGUCUAUUCGACUCUGAUGAGUGAUGAGUUUAAGUAAAUUUCAACGAGCUCGAGCCUAAAUACUUAGGAUUCAAGCUCAUACGAGUGUUCAUGAGUCAAUUAACGAGUUUUCGUACACCAA